CCUCUCGACCCCAGAAAUAGCCAUAUUAGAGUCGAGGCUUGUGGAGCACGGCCCACCCUGUCAACUCCCAGCGUUGCCCUACGCCACGAGAUUACGGCCAGCUCGCAGAUGGGCUCUUUCAACGACGUGCACGCAUCGAGUGCUAUCGCACAUGUGGUCCUGCCGCCGCCCUACCUAGUCGAGCCAGAGCUUUCCCUUCCGGCUCCGACAUCCGGGCUGCUGUUGUCGCAGGUCUUCCCUUUUAGGCACACCUAGGAGAUUCCCUGGAAUUACUAAUGCCCCUUGGAGACAAACGAGAGAGCUGCUCAUCUCGGUUGUUAUGAACCACGUUGCGCUGUGCAAGGCAGCGACCACCUCUUAUCCCUCAACUCAUGCCGACCCAUACCCAGUGCAACAUUGACGGCUUGUCGCCGAACACCGAACAUACCGAACCCGUGCUCGUUCCUGCUCUGUGGCUUACGCCUCUCUGGGCGCCCGAGGCGUGGCGUCAGCUCGACCGAUUCACAAGACGCCACAGCAAGCGGGCUGACGCCCUUCCCUUAAGCCCAGAUCAGAUCGCCGUUACUAAAUGGCACAUCAUCCGCAUAGUCAUUUGUGACUACUCGUACUCACUCUAUGGACCGUGUUGCCCAGCUAUUCACCUACCAGCCCACCACAUCAAAGGUGGUCGCUUCCCCGCACCGACGACAGAGACAGGGAAAGCACCCGGUCUAGCUCUGUUUUCAGACCCAACGGAAUGCCCAUAUCAGUAUCACCUUGGCCCUCACCAAACCGUCGCUCAGAGAUUCGAUAACGCCGACGCCAAUUGUGGCCCUCGGACAGUAACAUUGCACCUUCGGAGUGAUUUGAGAUGGCUCCUGCACAGAGGAGCUCUUCGGUCGUUAUUCUGCCCACCAGCUUCGGCUCGCGAAAACGAGGCAGCCCGUGAUGCCGCAACGAUUGUCGAGUGCGAGACAGCUUCAGGGGCAUGGCGAAACCACGGUAUAGGCGGGCAUGGUUUAACUUGACGCAGGCCUCUGCGAGACGCCAGCAUGCUUCGCCCCGACCCCGGCGAACAGACACCACAGCUAAGUAUGCGGUUGAACGAACGGCCGCGAAGCUUUGCGCAUCAACCAUCAGAACGCGGAACGGAGAUCCGACUGGCAUGCGACUACAGCCCUGCUAUGACAGCCACCGAGACACCAGGUGGCAGUGCCUGUUGGCGACAUAC